UCCCCAUAGGUGGUGUGUGAGCUGAGCCAGUGCGCCCCGAGGAGAGAGAAAGCCGAACUGAAACUUCUCACUCGCAGUAAGAGAGAGAGAGCGGUGAAGAGAGAGAUAGUGCCAGAUGCUCUGCGGAUGGGGAAAACUGAGCAGCAAAACCUGCAGCGGCGGCCGGGGGGCGAGCACGACGCGCGGGGGGAUGGCGGUUCGUCGCGAUUCUUCUGCGAGAGAUGUUCGGUGGGGCUCCGCCGGGUCGCGGGCGAGUUCAGCCUCAGAUGCGUCUUCGUCUUGGUGCUGGGCCUCGCCGUUUUCCUGUCGGGAAUCUUCUGGGUUCUCCCCCUACGUGGUGCGCGAUCCGGUUUCGAUGUGAAAGACGCGGUUAAGCUCAGUGCCACAGUUCAGGUAUCUUUUAGGCUGGAAAAGCCAGUUUCCGAGAUUGUUAUGCGUAUUGGAAGGUUAGAAUAUGACAUCUACAGUGAAAUUGGUGUUCCAGAUACAAAGGUGGCAGUAUUAUCGGCACACAAAUCAGGCUCAACUAACUAUACUGAUGUGGUGUUUGGCGUUCUGUCUGACCAAAUGAAUGUUCCAAUUAAUCAAGUGUCACUAAGUGUUCUGAGAUCGUAUUUGAUUGAUCUCUUCCUCCGGCAGACUAAUCUAACUGUUACAGCAUCUCUUUUUGGGCAACCAUCUGAGCUUCAGAUUUUGAAGUUUCCCGGGGGAAUUACUGUGAACCCAAUGCAAUCUGCUUCAAUUUGGCAGAUACCCCAGAUCCUAUUUAAUUUUACUCUCUACCAGUCUAUAAGGGAGAUACAGGAGAAUUUUCUUGAGUUCAAGGAACAGCUGAAAUACGGAUUGCGUCUAAGGUCUUAUGAGAAUGUAUAUGCACAAGUUACGAAUAUGGAGGGUUCAACAGUUGCUUCCUUUGUCACAAUUGAGGCUUCCAUUACUUCUGAUUUGGGGAGUCUUCUACCGCAGAGGUUAAAGCAAUUAGCCCAAAUAAUCUCAGGAUCUCCUGAAAAUCUCGGUCUUAAUAAUACAGUUUUUGGCAAUGUGAAAGGUGUCAGCUUGUCAUCUUAUUUGAAGCGUACCCUUACUUCUGGCCCUCCUACACCUUCUCCAGCUCCAUCGCCCGGGUUUGUGCCAUCAGCUUCCCCAUAUAUCUCUCCUUCUUAUUCCCCAGCUCCCUCACCUAACCUGCAUCCAGUUCCACGUUGCCGUAAAUGUGAGAUCUCUGUAUAUUUUGGCUACUUUUUUAUCUCAAGUCCUCGAAAGAUGGGUCCUAUGUCAGGUCUCACAGCAGAUUGUACAUGUGGUGGGAGCACAAUCGCUCCAGCCACCUCACCUUUUCAUUCUAGUCCAGCUCAAACUCCGACCGCUCUAUCUCCUGCACCUGCUUCGCAUUCACCUUUUGUGUCUCCAACAUCACAACAUUCGCCAUCUUUCUCGCCAGCACCAACGGUGUCCAUUGCCUCCCCGCCAGUUGAGGAUAAAGGAUUCGGAGAAGGCCUUGUAUCCCCUUCUCUUGCGCCACUUCAAUCAUCUUUUGCGGUGCCUCUCUCUCCAGAUAUGUGGUUGCUGGUAUACUCUACAUUUCUGAUUAAUCUGCUGGGUUGGUUGAGUUCAUAAAUCUGUUAAACAUGUGUUCAGAGGGAAGAAAGAUGAGGACAUUGUCAUUUUGUCAAUGUGCUAUCGACCAGUUUUGUUCUCCUUCGAGAAGUUGAAGAAGUGUCUUCUUUUCUUGGGCAAUCCAAUCAAGGUAAAUCGGUCAAAGCCGAAAAAAGGUGGCGGGCCGCUCAUCUAUUCUCUGUUAUGGUGUAACAUUUUAUUUUCAGAGGGAAACGUGGCUCGAGGGUAAUUUUGUGAAUAGGUGAGGAACAUAGGUUGCAGGUUCCAAAGGGAACUUUAAUCACGUCGAUGCAAUUGUAAAAAUUAACCCAAGGCUCCUUUUGGGCAUCUGCAAUGCAGGGCAGAAGCUAUUGCCAUAAAAGAAAAGAAAUGGAAUACUCAAAAGUACUAUUUAAUAUGGAAAAUGAUAGUGGAAAGAAUGCCAUUGUUAAACUUACGCAUCCUCUUGAA